UUGCGCUAGGUAUCUUGUGAUGGGGAUUGCUAAUAUUUAAAUUUAAAAUUAAUUAUAAAAUUAAUUUCAAUUCCUAGAGCAUAUCAUUUAUAUUAUUUUUGUUCUCUUUCAGUCAACAAUUCUGCUGCUACAAUAUCUGCUAAUAUUAAUAGCAUCCCAGUGCUUAACGGCACGAAUUUUAAGGAAUGGAAAGAGAAUGUUAUGAUCGUUCUCGGUUGCAUGGAUCUAGACCUUGCACUUCGGACUGAGAAACCCGCCGCUCUUAAGGACACAUCUACCCUCGAUGAAAAGAGGGAGAUGGAGAGGUGGGAACGCUCAAACCGCAUGAGUCUAAUGAUCAUGAAACGUGCAAUUCCAGAAUCAUUCAGGGGCACAAUGUCUGAUGAGGCCGAUGCAAAAUCAUUCCUUGCCGAACUUGAAAAGCGUUUUGCUAAAAACGAAAAGGCGGAAACUAGUACUCUUUUGAGCACUCUUGUUUCCAUGAAGUAUAAAGGCAAAGAGAACAUAAGGGAGUACAUUUUGGAAAUGUCUCAUAUUGCUUCAAAACUAAGUGCACUAAAGCUUAUUUUACCUGAGGAAUUGCUUGUGUAUUUAGUUUUGAUCUCUCUUCCUUCUCAAUUUAAUCAAUUUAAAGUCAGUUACAACUGCAUUAAGGAGAAAUGGUCUCUCAAUGAGCUCAUUUCUCAUUGUGUUCAAGAGGAAGAGAGAAUAAAGCAAGAUAAGACAGAAAGUGCUCAUUUGGCAUCUACCUCUAAGGGCAGCAAUAAACGAAAAAUUAAGGAAGCUGCAAAUUCGGGGCCUCCCAGGAAGCAUCACAAGGAAACUAAGGAAGAAACUAAGGAAUCUGGAUGCUUCUUUUGCAAAGGGACUAAUCACAAGAAAAAGAACUGCACUAAGUACCAUGCUUGGCGUGCGAAAAAGGGGUUGCCUGAGCUGCCGAAAACCAAUUGAUGGUGAAAGAUACAUCUAUGUCGGUGAUGGCAAGCGGGUUGAAGUUGAGGCUAUCGGUGUUUUUAGAUUAUUAUUAAAGACUGGUUUUUAUUUGGAUUUGAAAGAGACAUUUGUUGUGCCGUCAUUUAGGCGGAAUUUAAUUUCUAUUUCUGCAUUGGAUAAAUUUGGUUAUUCUUGUUCAUUUGGAAAUAGUCAGUUCAGUCUAUU